GGGUGGGGUGGGUGUGUGACCCUGAUCCCCAUUGACCAAACGACCCCCGCUAGCAGUGGCCGCAGAUCUCGUCAUCCUGAGCGCGGCGGCGCAGCGGCGGCGGCCAUGGACACCGCCGCGGCAAAGGCAGCGUGGAACGCCAACUACGGCAUCGUCAGCAGUGGCGACCGCCGCCUCGCCUUCUCCCGCCAGCUCUCCUCCAACUCCGCCACGCCGCGCCUCGCCCGCUCCGACUCCUCCAUCGCCAUGCCCAUGCCCAUACCCGUACCCCCGCCCUACCAGGGGCCCAAGCCCAGCAAGAAGCUCCUCCGCCUGGCCACGGCCAGCCGCCCCAUGCGACGCCUCGCCCUCCUCCUCGCUCUCAACGUCGCCUACUCCGCCACCGAGCUCGCCAUCGGCCUAUUCACCGGACGCGUUGGCUUAGUUUCAGAUGCUUUCCACCUGACAUUUGGAUGCGGCCUGUUAACUUUCUCAUUGUUCGCAAUGGCUGCAUCUCGAACCAAGCCUGAUAACCUCUACACCUAUGGCUACAAAAGGUUGGAGGUUCUAGCUGCCUUUACAAAUGCCGUGUUUCUAUUGUUUCUGUCUUUCUCCUUGGCUGUUGAAGCAUUGCAUGCAUUUAUGCAAGAUGAAUCAGAGCACAAGCAUUAUCUCAUUGUAUCUGCUGUCACCAACCUUUUGGUCAACUUACUUGGUGUUUGGUUCUUUCGGAACUAUGCUCGUGUUAACAUAGUUUACAGGAAUGCAGAGGAUAUGAAUUACCACUCGGUUUGUUUGCAUGUCUUGGCAGAUUCGAUACGGAGUGCUGGCUUGAUACUAGCUUCUUGGUUUCUUUCAUUGGGGAUCGAGAAUGCUGAAGUUCUGUGCCUGGGGAUUGUCUCGGUGGCAGUUUUCAUGCUUGUUUUGCCGUUGUUUAAAGCCACUGGUAAUAUCCUACUACAAAUUGCACCUGGCAAUGUGCCACCUUCAGCAUUUGCGAAGUGUUCCAGACAGAUUAUUGCUUGUGAAGAUGUUUCCGAAGUAUGGCAAGGUCGAUUUUGGGAGCUUGUACCUGGUCAGGCUGUUGGAUCUCUGUCCAUCAGGGUGAAGAGUGGCGCCAAUGAUCGGGCGGUCCUUGAAUACGCGCAUGGUCUCUAUCAAGAUUUGGGCAUUCAGGAUCUGACCGUCCAAACCGGUUUGGACGACUCGUAGUUGUCUCAUACUGUGCUCCGUUUGUUUAUAUAAACACGUACACGAAUCAAAAUGUAUGCAGCUUACAUCAUAUAAUCACAGCUGUAAUUUGCCUAUG